CAGCCAGAUGGUCAGAUGCCCAGUGACAAAACCAUAGGAGGUGGAGAUGAUUCCUUUAACACAUUUUUUAGUGAAACCGGUGCUGGCAAGCAUGUACCUAGAGCUGUUUUUGUGGACCUUGAGCCAACAGUUGUUGAUGAGGUGCGUACAGGUACUUACAGACAGUUAUUUCAUCCUGAGCAACUCAUUACUGGAAAAGAAGAUGCUGCUAACAAUUAUGCUAGAGGCCAUUAUACCAUAGGAAAAGAGAUUGUUGAUUUAGUGCUGGAUCGCAUUCGAAAAUUGGCUGAUCUGUGUACUGGUCUACAGGGUUUCCUUAUUUUCCAUAGUUUUGGUGGAGGUACUGGCUCUGGAUUUGCAUCUUUGCUAAUGGAAAGACUCUCAGUCGACUAUGGGAAAAAAUCCAAACUGGAAUUUGCAAUAUACCCAGCUCCACAAGUAUCUACUGCUGUGGUGGAGCCUUACAAUUCUAUCCUUACUACACAUACCACAUUGGAACAUUCUGACUGUGCAUUCAUGGUGGAUAAUGAAGCUAUUUAUGAUAUAUGUCGACGUAAUCUUGACAUUGAGCGUCCUACUUACACCAACCUCAAUCGUCUCAUUGGUCAAAUUGUGUCUUCUAUCACAGCUUCACUACGUUUUGAUGGUGCUCUGAAUGUAGAUUUGACAGAAUUUCAAACAAAUCUUGUUCCUUACCCACGAAUCCAUUUCCCUUUGGCAACGUAUGCUCCUGUCAUUUCAGCUGAAAAGGCAUAUCAUGAGCAGUUGUCUGUGGCUGAAAUUACUAAUGCUUGUUUUGAGCCAGCUAAUCAGAUGGUAAAAUGUGAUCCUCGGCAUGGUAAAUAUAUGGCAUGUUGCAUGCUGUACAGAGGUGAUGUAGUGCCAAAAGAUGUCAAUGCCGCUAUUGCAACAAUCAAGACGAAACGUACUAUUCAGUUUGUGGAUUGGUGUCCAACUGGAUUCAAGGUGGGCAUCAAUUAUCAGCCACCCACUGUGGUACCAGGAGGAGAUUUGGCCAAGGUGCAACGUGCUGUAUGUAUGCUGAGUAACACUACUGCUAUUGCAGAAGCUUGGGCUCGCCUUGAUCAUAAAUUUGAUUUAAUGUAUGCUAAGAGAGCCUUUGUGCAUUGGUAUGUAGGGGAAGGAAUGGAAGAAGGGGAAUUUUCUGAAGCCCGAGAGGAUCUGGCUGCCCUCGAAAAAGAUUAUGAAGAAGUUGGUGUUGAUUCUGUGGAAGCUGAAGCUGAAGAAGGAGAAGAAUAUUAA